AGAAGAAAGAUUGAAAUCAAAUUUAUCCAGGACAAAUCGCGACGGCACAUUACCUUUUCCAAACGAAAAGCUGGUAUUAUGAAAAAGGCUUAUGAGCUCUCGGUGCUCACAGGCACGCAGGUGCUGCUGCUCGUCGUGUCCGAGACUGGUCUCGUCUAUACCUUUACGACGCCCAAGCUUCAGCCUCUUGUCACCAAGGCUGAGGGAAAGAAUCUCAUUCAG